GAUGACGCCGGACUCGCCUACACUCCGCCUCCGAGGACGAAUCUUUACAAAGUCUACAACUGAACACUUCUUCCCUUCAUUGCCAGUUCUGGAAACAAUGGAAUUGUUAUAGCGUCUGGAACAUAUAUCACUUAUAAUCCAUCAUGUCCUGUCGACUUCCGCCCGCCCUCAAUUCCCUUCCGCGAGCUGCUGCUCGAGCGGCCAAUCACAAGUCAUCGAAAGUCAGCGCGGGACUAUCAUUGUCACGAUGGAUACCAUCGCGGCAUUAUGCUGCUGUGGUACCGCCUGUGACGCAGGAUAAGUCGGGGUCGAAAGGGCCGACGGCUAUGGUCUUUCUGAACAUGGGCGGUCCCUCCACGACAGGGGAAGUGGGCGACUUCUUAAGCCGAUUAUUCGCCGAUGGCGAUUUAAUCCCACUGGGCCGGUUACAAGGCUACCUAGGUCCAUUAAUAUCCCGAAGAAGAACCCCGAAGAUCAAGAAGCAAUACGCAGAUAUCGGGGGCGGCUCACCGAUUCGAAAAUGGUCCGAAUACCAGGCCGCGGAGAUGUGCAAGCUCCUCGACCGGAUGUCUCCUGAAACCGCACCGCAUAAGCCGUAUGUCGCCUUUCGAUACGCGGACCCGCUCACGGAAGAUAUGUAUGCCAAACUGCUAGCCGACGGCUUCGGCAACGGCAAGGGCGGCCGCGCCGUGGCGUUUACACAAUACCCCCAGUACUCCUGCUCCACCACGGGCAGCUCGUUGAACGAGCUCUGGAAAUGGAGACACCGGCUCGAGGGGAAGAAAUCGGACGAUAUGUCACCGGGGGGCGGAUCAAUAACGUGGAGUGCGAUCGACCGAUGGCCGGUCCACCCCGGGCUCGUCGAGGCCUUCGCACAGAAUAUCGAAGCGACGCUGCGGACGUACCCCGAGGACCGAAGGGAUAAGGCGGUCCUGGUAUUCUCCGCGCACAGUCUACCGAUGAGCGUCGUCAACCGUGGCGACACCUACCCGGCCGAAGUGGGGGCGACCGUGUACGCGGUGAUGCAGCGGCUCGGGUUCAAGAAUCCGUACCGACUAGCCUGGCAGUCGCAAGUCGGCCCAUCCGCGUGGCUGGGUCCGCAGACGAGCAUGACGGUGUCUGAGUACGUGAAAAAGGGGCAGACGGAUCUCGUGCUCAUCCCGAUCGCAUUCACGUCGGAUCAUAUCGAGACGUUGUUCGAGCUGGACAAGGAGGUCAUCGCGGAAGCCGAACACGAGGGCGCGAAGGGCGUGAAGCGGGUGGAGAGCUUGAACGGGAGUCCGGUCUUCAUUCGAGCUCUGGCGGAAAUCGCGCUUGAUCACUUGAAAAGCGGGCUAAGUUGCUCGCCGCAGAUGCUCCUGCGGUGCCCCGCAUGCACGAGCGAGCGAUGUCUGGAGCAAAAGCGAUUUUUCCAAGCACAGCAGCAGCAAUUAACGGCUCCCGCGUAAUAUGGGAAGCGCCGCUCAAUCGCAGCACCUGUAAAUUAGAUUCUUAUAUCCCAGCUCCCUAGCCAACCCUACUUUUACGAUACCAAUA